UAUGCGGGGCUGCCCCGGCGCGCAGUGUGCGGAGCCCGGCGAGCGGCCGAUCGCCGCGGCGCUGCCCGGCCGCCCCUACGCGGCGGGGACCGGAGGAGACUAGAGGCGACUCUGCGAGGAGCCCGGUGGCUUCGGCAACCCCAGAGACCCAAGUCCGGCGCGGGCUCUUGAGGAGGAAUUGACAACAUGGCUUCCCCACCGCACCAGCAGCUGCUGCAUCACCACAGCACCGAGGUGAGCUGCGACUCCAGCGGGGACAGCAACAGCGUGACGGUGAAAAUCAACCCCAAGCAGCACCAGGGCUGCACCUCUUCCAAGCACUGCAAGUACAGCAUCUCCUCCAGCUGCAGCUCGGGGGAGUCGGGAGGCGCCCGCCGAGCCGGCGGAGCGGGCGGCAGUGGCUCCGGCCUCCGCCGGCCGAAGAAGCUGCCGCAGCUCUUCGAGAGGGCCUCUUCCAAGUGGUGGAACCCCAAGUUCGACUCCAACAACCUGGAGGAGGCUUGCAUGGAGAGAUGCUUCCCGCAGACCCAGCGCAGGUUUCGUUAUGCCCUCUUCUACAUUGGCGUGGCCUGUCUGCUCUGGGGCAUCUACUUCGGCAUACACAUGAGAGAGAAACAGAUUGUUUUCAUGGUGCCGGCUCUGUGCUUCCUCCUGGUAUGUGUAGCUUUUUUUGUGUUCACUUUCACUAAGACUUAUGCCCGCCAUUAUGUAUGGACUUCGCUGAUACUCACCCUCCUGGUGUUUGCUCUGACCCUCGCUCCUCAGUUCCAGGCUCUGAAGCCUGUCUCAGGAAGUGGUGACAUGUCCAACCGGACUCCCCCGGCAGAUCCCACAGACACUUGUCUUUCUCAAGUGGGCAGUUUUUCUAUGUGUAUUGAAGUGCUCUUGUUGCUUUACACAGUGAUGCACUUACCCCUGUAUUUAAGCUUGUUUCUGGGACUGUCGUACUCGGUCCUCUUCGAGACCUUUGGUUAUCACUUCCGUGACGAGAAUUGUUUCACACCUCUGGGAGCUGGUGCAGUUUACUGGGAGCUGUUGAGUAAAGCCUUCCUGCACAUCUGCAUCCACGCCAUCGGUAUUCAUUUAUUUAUCAUGUCCGAAGUCAGAUCGAGAAGCACAUUCCUGAAAGUGGGGCAAUCCAUCAUGCAUGGAAAAGACUUGGAAGUGGAAAAAGCCCUGAAAGAGAGGAUGAUUCAUUCUGUUAUGCCAAGAAUAAUAGCCGAUGACUUAAUGAAGCAGGGGGAUGAUGAAAGUGAAAACUCCAUCAAACGUCAUUCCACCUCAAGCCCCAAAAACAGGAAGAAGAAGCCCUCCAUACAGAAAACCCCCAUAAUAUUCCGUCCUUUUAAAAUGCAGCAGAUAGAGCAAGUGAGCAUUUUGUUUGCAGAUAUUGUUGGCUUCACGAAAAUGAGCGCCAACAAAUCAGCCCACGCCCUGGUGGGACUCCUGAAUGACCUCUUUGGACGCUUUGACCGUCUGUGUGAGGACACUAAAUGUGAGAAGAUCAGCACUUUGGGAGACUGUUACUACUGUGUGGCCGGCUGCCCUGAGCCCCGGGCAGAUCAUGCCUACUGCUGCAUCGAGAUGGGCUUGGGGAUGAUCAAAGCCAUCGAGCAGUUCUGCCAGGAAAAGAAAGAAAUGGUGAACAUGAGAGUCGGUGUUCACACCGGGACAGUCCUGUGUGGCAUUUUAGGCAUGAGGAGGUUCAAGUUCGAUGUGUGGUCCAAUGAUGUCAAUUUGGCCAAUCUGAUGGAGCAGCUUGGGGUGGCUGGAAAGGUCCAUAUUUCGGAAGCUACUGCCAAAUACUUGGAUGAUCGUUAUGAAAUGGAGGAUGGAAAGGUGGUUGAGCGCGUCGGUCAGAGCGUGGUAGCCGACCAGUUAAAAGGUUUAAAGACCUAUCUGAUCUCAGGUCAGAAGGUGAAGGAGCCCCAGUGCAGCUGUUCUCAAACGUUGCUUCCUGGCUUGGAGUCAGCAGACGGAGCCAGGACACCGGGAACGUCGUCAGCCGAGAACUCCAGCGACCUGACCAAGACAACCAAACAGGUGGAAAAGCCCAAGCCUUGCCCUUCAUGUAGUACCACCCUUACUCCCCACUGCGAUGUCAGCAUAGAUGAAGGAGCUAUCCAAAAUGGUUGUCAGGAUGAGCAUAAAAACAGUACGAAGGCUCCAGGAGGACACAGCCCAAAGACCCAGAAUGGACUUCUGAGUCCUCCCCAGGAGGAGAAGCUCAGCAACAGCCAAACCUCUCUGUAUGAAAUGCUGCAGGAGAAGGGGCGCUGGGGCGGAGUGAGCCUGGACCAGUCAGCUCUGCUUCCCCUGAGGUUCAAAAACAUCCGAGAAAAGACAGAUGCCCACUUCGUGGAUGUCAUUAAAGAAGACAGCCUCAUGAAAGAUUACUUCUUUAAACCACCUAUUAACAAGCUGAGCCUCAACUUCUUGGAUCAGGAUUUGGAGAUGGCCUACAGGACGAGCUAUCAGGAAGAGGUUAUAAGGAAUGCUCCAGUGAAGACAUUUGCCAGUGCAACCUUCAGCUCGCUCCUGGACGUGUUCCUGUCCACCACAGUCUUCCUCAUCCUCUCCAUCACGUGUUUCCUGAAGCACGGCAUGGUCGCGUCCCCUCCGCCACCUGCGGCCGUCGUGGUGUUCGUCAUCGCCAUCCUGCUGGAAGUGCUGUCACUUGUCAUCUCCAUCAGGAUGGCAUUCUUCCUGGAGGAGGUGAUGACUUGCACCAAGCGUCUCCUGGAGGUGAUAUCUGGCUGGCUGCCUCGACACUUCUUCGGUGCAAUCCUGGUUUCUCUCCCAGCUCUUGCAGUUUUUUCACACUUCACCUCUGAUUUUGAAACAAAUAUACAUUACACCAUGUUCAUGUGUUGUGCCAUUCUCAUCACCAUUGUGCAGUACUGUAACUUCUGCCAGCUCAGCUCCUGGAUGAGAUCCCUGCUGGCAACCGUGGUGGGAGCAGUGCUGCUCAUCCUGCUCUACGUCUCCUUGUGUCCCUCCAGCUCCAUGGAAGCUCCUCAUCUAGAUUUGGCACAGAACUUUAGCUCCAGAAAGAGCCCGUGCAACAGCUCGGUGCCGAGCGACGCCAAGCGGCCGGCGGAGCUGAUCGGCCAGGAGGUGGUUCUGGUGUCCUUCCUGCUGCUCCUGCUGGUCUGGUUCCUGAACCGCGAGUUCGAGGUCAGUUACCGGCUGCACUACCACGGGGACGUGGAGGCCGACCUGCACCGCACCAAGAUCCAGAGCAUGAGGGAUCAGGCUGACUGGCUGCUGAGGAAUAUCAUCCCGUACCACGUGGCCGAGCAGCUGAAGGUGUCCCAGAGCUAUUCCAAAAACCACGACAGCGGCGGGGUGAUCUUUGCCAGCAUCGUGAACUUCAGCGAGUUCUACGAGGAGAACUACGAGGGUGGCAAGGAGUGUUACCGAGUCCUGAACGAGCUCAUCGGGGACUUCGAUGAGCUGCUGAGCAAACCCCACUACAGCAGCAUCGAGAAGAUCAAAACCAUCGGGGCCACCUACAUGGCGGCGUCGGGGCUGAACACCUCGCAGUGCCAGGACAGCAGCCAUCCCCACGGGCACCUGCAGACCCUUUUUGAAUUUGCCAAAGAAAUGAUGCGGGUGGUGGACGACUUCAACAACAACAUGCUGUGGUUUAACUUCAAACUCCGGAUCGGCUUUAACCACGGCCCCCUCACAGCCGGGGUCAUCGGCACCACCAAGCUGUUGUAUGACAUCUGGGGGGACACCGUGAACAUCGCGAGCAGGAUGGACACCACCGGCGUCGAGUGCCGCAUCCAGGUGAGUGAGGAGAGCUACCGCAUCCUCAACAAGAUGGGGUAUGACUUUGACUACAGGGGGACGGUCAAUGUGAAGGGGAAGGGUCAGAUGAAGACCUACCUUUACCCCAAGUGCAUGGACAACGGGAUCGUGCCACAUCACCAGUUGUCCAUAUCUCCAGACAUUCGGGUUCAAGUGGAUGGCAGCAUUGGGCGGUCUCCGACGGAUGAGAUUGCCAACCUGGUGCCUUCUGUACAGAAUUCUGAUAAGAUAGCCCAUGGCACAGAUAACUCAGAAGCCAAGGACAUCCUUCCUUCCGCCAAGAAGCUCCAGAAAGACACGGCGAAGGCAGAGGAGAGGUGCCGGUUUGGCAAAGCCGUGGAAAAGGAUGACUGUGAGGAAAUGGGGACUGAGGAGGUCAAUGAACUGACAAAGCUAAAUAUCUCUAAGAGUGUAUGAUGAACUGUCAGAGUUGCAUGAAGUGCUCUGUCCAUAGAAACACACAGACUUUUGCAAUUGGCAGUUUUCUUUUCCAAGAGAGACCUUCUCCACACCUGGGUUGUACGUUUGUGUUCAUUUCGGCACCUGGGGCUGUGUGGAUCAUGGCUCUUCAGGGCUUGUUUUCAUCCAUCUCUCUCCUCCAUGCCCCAAACCACAUCCCAAGCUCCCCAGCUCCCUGUGCAACCAUCUUACAGCUGAGUAGAGGAUAUUAAGUGCCUUCAGAUAUACUCCAUUGGACUCCCUGUCAAGGUACAGAGGCCCCAAGUGAAAUCAUAGCUUUGGGUAUUUAUCUAAUUUUAAAGAAAAGAAAAGCUGUGGUUAUAUCAUUUUUAUUGUUGUUUCUCACAAAACACUUUUUUUGGCUAAUGCAACUCCUUGGGUUUUUUAUAUCUCUCGGAACAAUGUUUUACUGUUAUCAGACCUUUUGUAUGUAACACACAGACAUGUGCAUGUAUCUACCAUAUGAGACUGCUAUAAAGUGCCAGUAAUGCACCACAAGAAUGUCUGGGCGAGGGGUGACACCCUUUGGGUCGGGCUGGAGGGGGAGUUGUGCCGUGGCUCAGCCUUUAGUUAGGGCAGGAGGAACAGCUGCUGUCGUUCUGUUCUCCUUUCCCGAUGCUUUCUGCAGCCUCCAUGUGCCAUCGUGUGCUUUGGAUAACUUCUUUUCCAUAUAGCCAAUGAGUUACUGAUCCGUGGGAAUGGAAGGAGGGUUGGGACAGUGCCAGCUCUGGGGACAGGUUUCCAGAAGCAGGAGAGACCACGGGAGUGCUGCAGUUCAGGGCUCCCGGCUCCGUACGCAGCUCAGUGGGCGAAGGUAGGUGACGUCGGUGUCUCUGAGCUGAUUGGAGAGAGAGAAAGAGAGAAGCGAAAUAAAUGUUUUGGGAAUGCCUUUAUUUAUUUAUUUAUUUUAUUCCUGUUUGGUUUUUUUGGGUUUUUUUUUAUUUUGUUUGGGAAUUUGCGCGUGUGGAAGGGACCGGGAGAGAUGAAUUGUUUGUGGGUUUAACGGGAGUAAUAAGACAGUGUUUGAGCCUCUUUGAACUACCAACCACUGUGAGGAUGUUACCUUAGGCAAUAUUUGGUUCCAAGCUGGUGGCACUUGGGAAGCCACCAAACACAGUCGAAUAUCCCAGCUUCCCUCUGGACUGAACCAAUGGUGCUGCACAAUAUUUUUCAGGAUUUUUACACACACACAAGUUCUUUUGCAGCAGGGAAGAAAUUAGAACGCUCCCUUCCUGCUGCUGAAAGCAGGAAUAGGGAAAAGAGUCCUUGUAGUGAGCUGAGAAGCACAAUCAUUUCCCAGUCCUGUGGACAGCUCUGUGCAGGUCCCUGGGAGCAGAGGCCUGCGGGAGCCCAGGAGCUGCUUGCACGGGGGGAGCUAUGGGACUGGGGGCUUAGGCUGUGCCAGUCUGCCUUCUGCAUGCUUCCACCACCUCCCUCUCUGGCAUUUGAUGGCCUGCUGGGGAUCAUAUUGACCAUUCAACUGUUCUAGUUCAGCCAACUCGCUCUGACACCAAAUAAAGUGAAAGUAUUUUUAUUCCCAAAACAAGCUGAUCAGCCAGGGAAGAGCUGGGGAAAGGUGGUGCUGCACUAGCUGCUGAUGGAAGCUGGGGGCUUUUUUCAUCUGAACUCGAGUCAGAAUGUAUUGAUUCUUCCUCUCAUCCCCAUGUGAUUUUGGGGUAUGACUAAUAAAUAUAUCCCUUGUGGGGUUCCUGUUCAGCUGGUGGAGAUCCAUCUCCACUCCACAGUCGGCAUGGAGCCCGUGAAGCCUUUCUCAGAUGUGAGUCUCUGGGAUUUCUGGAUCUCAGUUGAACAGAACUCUGUGCACAGGUCCUGCAAAGCUGCUGUUCAUGCAUGUCAGUAUUCCAUUUGAUGGGAAAGCUGCUCAGAAUUAAUCUUCUUCGCUCAAUCUGCCAGCACACAGCAAACCAGGGGAUCCUCACCCCCAGAUGCCUGUGCCACAGAUGCUGUUCCUGUUUGGAGGCUGUUCCCAUGAGCAGCAAUGGGAGGUGGUUUUGAGGGCAGAAUUUUCUAGCAGCUUCCUACUCCCUAGGUUACAACUUCCCCCUCCCCACAGUGGGUUGCACUUCCAACUUUCAGGUAGUAAUUCUGCAAAUACCUCUUGCAUAUGAAGAAUGUGUACCUGAAACCAUUGGGGUUUUCUUCUUCAAGAACCCAUUAGGGUUCUUGGUUCAGUUAAGGUGUGUCAGUAUUCCUUUUCCUACAAUCAAGGAGCUAACAUGAUCCAGAAUUGUUUACAUACCUUCCAGUGUUAUGUUAUUACCUUAGAGUCAUUCCAGCCUUUCUCCCUGUCACCUCUUUCUCCCAGUUUUAUAGACCCUGCCAUCCUUGCUCUCUCCCUGCUCAGCUGUGUGCCAGGGCAGAGCUCAGUCAGGACGUGCUGUUUCCUUGAGACGCUGCACAAUAACCAAACCUCCCCCAGCCCCAGCCCUGCACCAGGAGGGGUUGGCAACCUGUGGUUAAACCCAAAAGGAGAAGGUGCUGGAAUGGGACCCCAGACCCCGACCACCUUCCUCUUCAUUGUUCAGGAUGCAGAAUCCUUCCCCUUCAGCCUAUAAAGUGCACAGGGCUCCUGUGCUGCUGUGAUGUGGGGCUGUGGGAGUAUCGUUGGGUUUAUGGGAACAUCCAAAUACCAAACUCCAAACCUACCAGGGCCUCUCUGUUGGCACUAAGCGAAUAAAGGCACUGAGGACAGCAGCACUGGUGAGCUCAGAAAUCAAGGGCUGUUGUCUGCUCUGGGAACUGCCAAUGAUGGUAUUCUGCCUUAACUCUGGAUUGGGAAAAAACUCCUGCUGGGUGACCCGUGGUGCCCUGUUUGCUCAUUGCCAGAACAGCAGCAAGAAUUCCAUAGCUGGGGCUGCCAGGGGUUAAAUCUCUUCAAUGCAGUUUAGUAACCAAAUCAAGAAAUUCAGUUCUCAAUGGGUGGUUUGGAGUGUAAGAUUUUCCAGGUGCAAGGAGAUACCUGUUUGUGUUGUAAAGCAGUGUGAGCUGAACCUUCACACCUCCCCUUACGCUUUUGAAGAUUUAUCCUGACACAAAAAUGACUCUGGAGGCGUUUCGAGCAGUGUUGUGUGGCUGUGCUGCAGAAUUCCUGACACGUGUGCUGGUGGGAGGCCACAGGCAAAGUUCACUCCAUUAAAAUGCCUGUGGUGUGUGUGCUGUUGGUGCCAGCAGUGCUGUCAGUGAACGUGGGGGGUUGGCUGGAUCCCCAGGGGUUUAUUCCACAUGGACAAUCCAUGCGUGGCUGUGCUUCCAAUCUUUAGGGUGGUUUAAUGGCAGUGAUUUAAAAAUGGUCCAGAGAAGGGGAUUGGGGAGAUUGCUGAGUAUUUGUGAGCCCCGUGUUGCCUUCUGCCACUUGCAGCAUCUGCUCUGGGGUGCAGAGUGACAAGGAGUGCACAGAAUACUGUCAGUGAGGUCUUAAUCUGCUGCUAACACACCAACAUGCUUUUUCCUCCCUGCUGCUCCUGUGAGAGAUUUCUCUGUGAGAACCAGGUAAAUUACAUUCCCAUUGAUUCACUUCUGGUAUCAGGAUUUUGAGAAGGACAGAUUUACUGUUACUUCCCAACAUUUGGGGCCAUUCCCCUUUGCUGGAGGUAACGUGAGCACUGCAAGCAGAGUGGGACAGUGCCACAGCCUGGCUGCAGCUUCUGCUGUGUCCCAGGAGUGACAAAAUGAGGAGAAGAAAGGGUGGGUUCCCCAAGGGCUUUUCACAAAACAUAGGUAUUUGGAUACUUUUCUUUUAGGGCUAAAACACAUAAAGGAGGUGCCCAGAACAAAACUGAAAGGAGCUCCCUGUACCCAUAGCAGCUUUAGCUAAAGAGUUUAUUCCUGAGUAAAAGGCCAAGUUUUUAGGGUUUCUGGUAUUUAAAAAUUGCUAACUCUGACCUGUUUCUAAAACUUUCAGUCUGAAUACAGCAAAAGGUGUUGCAAGGGAGCAGUUAAUUCACAUCACAACAUCUCAAGAGGCUGAAGGUGCCUGAGGUUGGCUGUAAUGCCUUUGGCUGUUUAAAUCUGCACCUUGGCUUGGAGAGGUUCUGCUAAAUUUAAAAAUUUGUUUUCUCCUUUCUUCCGUGCUGUGGUCUCGUUUUCUCCAUCUGGAUGGGACACACAGGUGGCUGUUGCCUCUCUCUCCUCACCUUUGGGAACACAAAGAUGAAGCACUUUGUGUUCCUCAAUGUGUCUUCCUCAUUGCAUGGCAGAACCUGAGCAGAGCUCACAGCUCCGGGUGCUGCUGUCGCUGCUGGUGCCUCCCUGUGUCCUGAGGAAAGGGGAGAUUGUGUUUGCUUUGAUGCCUUGGUCUAUUUUGCCCAGUCACAGCUGCAGUUUCCUCCUCAUGGUGGUGACAGAAGAUACAGAAGAGGCAUGUCCCUGCAGUUAAAUUUAAGAAUUAAAUUUUAAAAUGCAGUUGUUAUUUAUUGAUGUGAUUUUUCCAGUUGCUGGAAAUGCCAGAGGGGUGGUUUGACUGUAAGAACAGAAUGAUUUGCAUGUGGGAACAGUCAAGGUGGAAGUGCAGGGAUGACCCAGGGCCAUGGCACUGCCAUCUCAAUGCCUGGGCAGCUGUGAAAAGCCAGCUGAAGUCUCAGAGUACUCCUGAGACUUGACUGGCUGCUUGUAGAACAUUGAUUUGGGCAGCAAAGUCAUUUGCUCCAAUGUUUUUCUCCUUUUGAGUUCUCUCUGCAGGCUGUAGCAGUCCUUGGUUUGUUUCCUGGGGUAAAACUUAAAUUGCUCUUUGCUGUUGCUGAGACUGAACUGUGCAGGCAGUGGCAGUGGGAUUCUGCAAAAUCCUAUAAAAAAGUUGGAAUUAGUAACCAUUACUCACCAAUUCCUGCAGGCCCUGGAGCUGUCUGAGUGCUGCCAUGGUGUGAAGGUGGCUCAGUUCAGAGCUGUAGGCAGGACUCAGUGUCAUGCUUUGGCUCCAUAUGGUAAAGUGCUUCCAGGUCUGGAACUGGGGAGACAAGGAGAAGGGAAUGUGGGACGAGCUGCUGGCUUGUUUCAAGGGCUGAUCUGUCUGUCCAGGAGUGCUGUUCAGGAAGGUGUCUCAAGCGUCAAGCAGAGCCUCAGCUUCCCAAGCUGUUCUUGUUUUCUGUGACUGGGGAACCAGAGAGCCUUAAAAUGGGCUAAUUUUAUUAAAAUCUGCAUUAACACCACCCUCUGAACUCGUACAGAGUUUUAUUGGUGGAAGUCAGACAGCAGGAGCUUAUUGCAUUUGUUUUAUUUAAAAAGUUUGUUUAAAAUGAAACAACAGGCUCUGUAGUGGUUAAAGGAGAAGAUAAAACGGGUGGUGUGUCGUGUCUUGACAGUGGUGCAGUUUGAGGGUGCCAUGGGAAGGAGGUUUGAGGUGCUUUGCAGACACACGGUAAAGCUCUGGUAGAAAAAAAAAAAACCACACACAUUUUUUAUAAAAUCUCUUUCAAGUCUUUCUGAUGUGAACUGAACUUCUGUCUCAGCCCUGAUAAGGGGCUGGGCUGUACAACAUGUACAGAACUGUUUGCUCCUUGCCUUUGGGAGUCAAUAUUGGCUUGGGAGAAAGAAGAUUAGUUUGGACAAAACAGAUUGGUGGAAGAUAUUUAAAGCUUUUUUUUUCCUGGUCCCUUAUUGUAGCUGCUGAACAUGUGCUGCCCUAACCCAGCUGCCCAGCCCGAGGCUGGCCAGGAGCUGGAGGCAGGUGCUCAGCGUCUUCCCACUCACCUGCUCAGGGGUGGAGCUCAACAUCCUCCUCGGGAGCUGUCCCCCACUGGACAUCGGUGUCUGAGGCAGCAGCCCUUGGUGUUGUACACUUCUGGAAUGGCCCUGAGGCCACUGUCAGCACCUCCUGUCCCAGCCUUGGUGUGCUCCAUUCUCUCUCCCUCUUCUCUGGCUCACUGCAGCAAUUGCACAGGAUCCCAGAAUGGUUUGGAUUGGAAGGGACCUUAAAGCUCAUCUUGCUCCACCCCUGCCAUGGGCAGGGACUCCUUCCACUGUCCCAGGCAGCUCUAUGCCCCAAUGUCCAACCUGGCCUUGGGCACUGCCAGGGAUCCAGGGGCAGCCACAGCUGCUCUGGGCACCCUGUACCAGGGCCUGCCCACCCUCCCAGGGAACAAUUCCUUCCCAAUAUCCCGUCCAUCCCUGUCCUCUGGCAGUGGGAAGCCAUUCCCUGUGUCCUGUCCCCAGUCCCUCUCCAGCUCUCCUGGAGCCCCUCAGGCCCUGCAAGGGGCUCUGAGCUCUCCCUGGAGCCUUCUCCUCUCCAGGUGAGCACCCCCAGCUCUCCCAGCCUGGCUCCAGCCCUUGGGACAUCUCCAUGCCUGUAAUGGAUUUUAAUGUCCAGAAAUUGCACUGUUCACUGAAUUGAACUGCAGAGAAGGUCCUGGCUGGGAACAGUUGGUACAAGUUUUAAGUUCCCACUCUUAUGGGUGAUGCUCUGACCAAUUUGUCAUCCAGCUCAUUGCUGGAUAUGUGGUAUAAGCCAGUGCCACCACUUGCAUGUCCCUGAUUUGGCCAUCAAUUCUCAAAUCCUCCUUCAGAUGAAUCAAAGUUACUUUCUCAAGUUUUUCCUUAUUUUCCUCCCUCAGUUACUCAAGUCUUCACUUGUUUCUACCUUAGUGCAUUUCAUCUUUGGAAUUGAAGAUGGUCUGUAUCGAUUUGUGCUGGAGAUACAGCUCAAGUCAGGGAAGGACACAUAGCAUGUUGUCCAUCUGUGGGUGUGCCCAAGGGGAAAUGCCUCUUCAGUGACUCUGAAGCUUUGCCUUUUCCAGGUGAGCCCAGAGCUGUGUUUAGGGUUUAUUUCCAGUACUGGAUGUACCGCUCCAUCAUGUCCAAAGGAGGAGGUGGCAGCACUGCCAGCUGUGCUGUGUCACUGCCUCAGCCAGUGUUUGGCCACUGCAUAGGUACUGGCAUGGUCCCACUGGCACCAGCAGAUGUUCCAGGAGGCCACAGGUACCAGUCACCCUCUCCCCAAUUUAAUUGCUUCUGGUUUCAGAGCCCAUGCUGAGAUACAGAGAACAUAAUACCUAUGCUGAGACAGAGACCUGUUACACCCUACUGCAAGUACAGCUUUAAACUUCCAAAGUAAUAAACUCUUUAAAGCCAAGAGCCUUAACAACUCCAACUUUCUGCUGAGACAAGAAACACAGUUCUGAGGUCGUGCUGAGUAUUUGGGAAUUUUUCCUGCUUGAUGGCAAUUGUUUCUGGUUUGCAGGGAGGCAGCAGCAGUAUCCAAAGAUGACAAGGACCUUGGCCACCCUCACCCAGUUCCCCAGGAACAGGUAAACAAGCAGCUCCGUGUGCUGUCAGGAAAGUCACCUCACUGCCCAGUGUCAGCUGGAUUGCUUUAGGUGUUGGAUUGCUCAGGAAAGCUCUUUCUUUCCAUGAAACAGUAUUCUUAACUUAGCAUCAGAUGUUGUCUUUGCUGGUGGCGGGGGCCGGAUUCCUCCUUUCUCACCCUUUGGCCCUUUCAGCACUGAGGGGGACAAGGCAGGGAUGUAAAUGAUUGGAAAGGGAGGGGGUCAAUUGGGAAGGAGCUGGAUGUGCCCCUAGAGGCAGCCCCAGUGAAGGAGCUGCCAUGUAGAUCCCAUAGUGGUGCCUGGGCAGCAGCAGCUCCAGCAGCCGAGCUGUCCCCAAGCUCUGGGGAGGUUUGCUCUGGGCUGCUGCCUGCUCCAUGCAGCCAGGCCAUGGACACCUGGGUAAAUGCACCUUCCCUCCUGCCUGCUGGUUUGAUUUUCUCAUGGAGCAAAUUUCAGCUGGUUACUGGAAGCCUGCACUGGGAAUCAGAGCGUUGUGUCCGACCACGACCGGCUGGGGCUGGGGAUAAGGGUUGGGGUUGGGGUUUGGGGUUGGAUCUGCCCACCCUCUGUCCACACAGUGACACCCACACAGUGAUCCCCCUGUAAAAGCCAUCACUGGGCAUCGAGGGUGGUGGUACCUGAUUACAAACAGCUGGAGAGAGAUUAUUUUUGCAGUAAUCAGCUGAAACCAGGGUUGGCUUUGGUUUGCCAAGGGCAAGGAGUGGGCCUGGGAGCCAGCACACGCCGCUGAGCAUCCCCUGCUUCCUUGAGAAGCUCCCUCAGCACUGACCCAGAGCUUCAGCACUCCUUGUCCUUGCAUAAGCACAAGUGGGGAUGGAUAGAAAUACAGAUGGAUAGAAAGCAUUAAUUGAAAAUGCCAUUGAAACAUUAUUGAAUUACAAAUUGAAAAUUAAUUGAGAACAGUUUCCAGUUAAAAUAUUUUAAAAGGCAAAUUGAAGUGUUUUGAAGUCUCCAGGUUAAGUGGUCAUUUUUUUUUUCCUGGUAUCUCUGGUUCCUUUCCCUCCUGCCCAGCGCAGGCCGUGUUCCCACCUUCUCCCUCCCUUGCAGAAAGAAAGAACCGCUCUGUUUACACCCCCUGCUGGGGCAGCCUCGCCCGGGGCUGUACGGGGGACGGGGCUUCCUCGCAGCAGCCUCACUGUAAAUACUCUGCCAAUGCUUUGUGGACAAACCGAGAUGGCAAAAAGUUGUAUCUGUGAAAUAUUAAGCUCUGUGUGUAUAUAGAUCCAACGCGUAUUACCUGCGGCUCUGUAAUCUAUUGUAUAUUAAACUGUUCCACUGUAUGGCCGAUCAUUUCAUGCUCUCUUAGAUGUAGAAAAGCUGAGAAGUAAUUCACAAUACACUGUGUCAACUCCAAA